AAAAAAUCUGUCCAGCAGAAGCUCUGCUGGAGGACCGGAUUUUGCAGUUUCAACUACCUUUGACCCGUCUUCGGAGACUGUAGCAGGUCGACCGCAAUGAGGCUGCCUUGAGGUGCAAAGCGAGAAAUAUGACGCUUCUGACCAUUACUUCCGUCGACGAGAUGGAUUGUUUGGCAAGCGUCAAAGGUGGGACAUACUGGACCAGCGGAUCCAAUGAAGAAACCAACUGCGACGUUGAGAAAAAGUAUGCGUGGUGCUCCACGGGCUACAAUAUUUCUGUGAACAUGAUUUCUUUGGCAAAUUUCUGGACGACCCCAAACGUGACUUCAAAUUUGGAAAGAUGCCUGGCCUACAGCAACUCUGGUGUGAAAAAAGGAUUGGCGCACAAAAAUUGCAACGACACUUUCCUAUACAUUUGUCAGUACAACGUGGACUGUCCCAAAAUUUGCUCUAAAAAUUUGAACUGGUUGGCUAACUGGCAGCAGUGUUGCGCCAUUGGAAUGGAGACUCUGAGCAUAGACAAUUUGCUGGAGCAAAGUGGACUAACUAAUUUCUCAUUUAUUAACAAAGAUAAUUGGAAGGCCAAUUUCAACUACUGGACUUCGGGGACGCAAAAAGGUUCACCAGCAAAUCAUUGGUCUUGGUGCAGACCUGACGGCGGUCCCACGACCUUGAAUACACAGCUAGUUUGGGAACAAAACCAGCCCGAUAACAACGGAGGGAACGAAAACUGCGUGCACUUUCGGUUUAUUCUCAACGACACCGGCACCAUUUUGACAGACAGAAACUGCACAAGCAAAUAUAUUUUUGCCUGCAAAACACCUUUGAAGACAACCGCAAAAUCUUGCAAAGCCGAUUGUCCGCUAGAAAAUUGUACCAGAAACGAAACUCUUUUUAACACAAAUUAUGAAUUAAAAAAUUACAAUUCAUAUGGAGAUUGGUUCAGCAGCUGUGGCAGACACUUCUUAUUUUACGUCAAUGCGUCAGAUUGGAACACAGCGUGGGGAGAGUGUUGUCAGAUUGGGUUGAAUUUAGCUACAUUAGAGUCAGCAGGAAAGUCAACCUGCGUUUCUAAGCUAACUGCCCAGUAUUCGUCAUUCACAAAUGGAGACUGGUGGGUCUCUGGAUCGGACAUAAAUUGCGACAAAAAUUUCCAGUGGUGCUCAAUAAACAGGGCGUUUGUUGAGAGCGAAAUCAAAUGGAAAUCAGGACAUCCGAAAGCGGGACUUGAUUGCGUUUACGUGGAAAUUCGCAACAGCAGCAUUUUAUUGGCGACAGCAGAUUGCAAAGAGAAAAAGCGAUUUUUGUGUGAAGUAAGAAGGGAUGCAACUUUUGGCAUCGGUAUGCAGACCGAAUGUGCAGAAAUUUGGGAUAUCAAAUCUGAGGAAAUCGACCUUCUGAUGAACGCCACUGCCAUCACCACGGCCAACAUUUCUAUAAACCUCAAGGUUGAAACUUCCGUUUUGAUUCCAGUAAUUACAGUUCAUUAAAAUUUAACUGCUUUGGUGAAAAAAUCCAGUGUUUCUUGAAAUGCAUUGGAGUGGAAGUUGGAAUGUUUUCCCUCGGAGGGUUAGUUGCAAUUGAGAUGCUGAGGCAAAUUGAACUCGUCACCUCGGAAGAUCCAGUUAAAUUGGAACAGGGAUUUACAGCCUAUGACAGUUGCAGUGGAAUAAAAUAUGACGAUGAAUGCGUAACCGCUCAUGAAACCUUCAAGUGCGGCCAAGAAAAAGCACCAGACAUUCUCAACACAGUUAUUACAAAUAAUUUUGGCAACUCAACCAUCUUUAAAGCACCAAUGCCAUGCGUUCCGAUGUUACGGACUUGUUGGGUCUCGGAAAACGUGCCUUGCGUUGCAAAUCAAACCUUGAUAAAUCAACUGAAUUCAACAGGAUCUUGUGAUUUUGGCUCCAUGACAAACUCAUCGUCAGGCAAAAGAAUUUUUGUGUCUUAUAAAACAGCAAUAUUGUCUUCGGUAAUUGCGUACAGGCAAUGCUGUUCAAUAAAUAUGAAGCUAAUGGAACCGACCACGGUAGCAGAACUGGAAGACAUGCGCGGAAGAUUAGCGAUCAACGAUUAUUUUUUGUUGAGUGAAACAAUGAACGUCAAUCAGACUCAUGACAUUUGGUGCCGCAAUCGGAAAGUUUUGACAGAUGAGCUGUACGAUGUUAAUACUGUUCAAAGAUCCAUGUGUGGCAGGUCAAUUACGGCGGGCCUUACAUCCUCAAUGCGACUAAUUGUGUGGGGCGGCGAGCCAGGCGAUGAUAUGGCGUACCGAUACUUGAAUCCUCAUUUGUAUGCCGAUUAUGCUUCUCCUUUCGUUGGAUAUAUAUGUGAGCCGCUCUAAUUAUUUAUUAGUUUGGACUCAAAAUUUAAAAUUGGAUUUGAUUUGAGUUUUGAGGGGGCAAAUUAUGGAUUGCAAACGGAUAGCUAAUUAAAUUUGUA